AUGCCUCCUAUCGAGAGAGACGUCUCGAUGGAGCCGAGAGGCUUACGACAUGUGCACUCGGCUUCCUCUGAUCAUGGAAAGGCCCUUACUAUCCCAAUGUGGGACAGCUCAGAUCCCGACCGGGCUCCUCCUCCCCUUCCUCUAAACCCUCAGUCUCCCAGCAUCGGCACGUCUCGGCCUGGAACAUCAACAGCUAUCCAGUCGGCACACGCUGCCUUGACAGAAAAGGCCCGCGAAAGCAUGGCGAGCCCCCUUAUGUCGAAACGACUCAGUGAGGUCUCGCCGGAGCGUCCCCUACCUCGCCCAACGCCUCACCGACGAAUGCAGUCCCUCCAACCCAGCGCCGUACGAGACCGCGGCUUCCUCAUUGAAGGAAUUCCCUCCUCUCCCCUCUUCCCGGACAAAUCGACCAGACCAUCGACGCCAAUUCGACAUCGAGACUCGUUUUCAAUGUCCCCCGACAAGAUGAGCGAGCAUAGGAUGUCGACCCCAGUACCGGGUCCCAGCCUGACGCCAAUUGUUAGGCCAACGGCUAUUCGCCGCCAUCACCAGAGUAUCCUUGGCGAGAAUACGCCUCCCCAGUCCGCCACGAUGCAAGCCCUACACAACAUGCAAACACCGAGCGCGACGCAGAGCCCUACGAGUAUGCCACCACAACAAACUCCUGCUGCCCCUAGGGAAGUCGAGACACCGCUGUCCAACGUAACGAACAACUCCACGGCUGUACCGAAGGGGACUCCAAAUUUCGAUGCGGCGGCGCUGUCUAACCAGAUAAUAACGCUCACGAAUAUCGCCACAUCCCUUCAAAAGGAGAUGUCUGCUCUCAGUCGCAGGAGCCGGGAUAAUGCGACUGACCUCAUGAGUCUGAAGCAGGUAACUAGCUCUCGGGAUGAGGAUAUUCGAAAGACCCUUCGAGACUUGAUUGGGAAUCUCAAUGAUCCAGUCAAACCCAUCUCGUCCUCGAGGGAUCCAUUUUACUCCGGCCUGUUCAUUGAUACCAAGCACAACCAUAAUGCCACCUCUCCCCCGUCUUCCCUCCGUACCGCUGGUGGACGGCCGUUCUCCUUGCCACGCAUCCCUUCCCCUAAUAGCUUUGCGACAUCUAUCGACCGCGAGUCCGUCGGUAGCCCGCCGUGCUCCGCGGCGGAUGCGCCGGCCACGAUUGCGCUGCUUGAGAAAAUUAUCCGAGAUAUGGGCACUCGCGAGGGUCAAGACCUGCUCGUCACUCGGCUCACCGAGGUUGCAGAGAAGCUGUCUGGCAUGGCUUCGGCGACCAAGGUCGAGGAGUUGAUGCAAUUGAUUAAGAACUCAGAGCCGGUCUUGAUUCCCCCGGUAAACAGCAAUGGAGGAGGUCCUGACAAGCCGAGGCUGCGAACUGUCAACUUUGAGCAGAAUGGCGAGUCUUCUAGGUCAAUGUCGUUCGAUAGCAUGAGCCGGGGUGGCACGGUCCAUCCCAGAGAGGCCGCUGCCAAGGCUCCAGCUAAUGACCUCGUUAAUGAGGACAUUUUGAAGAUCAUCAGAACCGUUAAGGACAGCGUUUCCCAGGGCGGAGGGCUCACUGCCGAAGUUAAGGCUCUUGUACGCGAACUCCGAGGCGAAGUCUUGGGCAUGGGUCGCGAAUUGCGGCGUCGGCUUGAUGAGGUCGUCGCCAAGGAUGAAGAUAGUAGUUCGGCCGAGAGCGCGGCAGAGCAGAGGAAUGAAAUGAAGCGCAUCAUCAACGAGGGGCUCGAUGAGCUCAAGGACCAUAUGGACAACCUCCUACGGGAACACCGCAGACAGUCAGCUGCUUCGGCUGCCUCCAAUGCAGUCGACUACCAGGAAAUCUACAAUGCCAUGCGAGCGGCUCUCAAGGAUUCGCAGGCUGGAAAACAGCAGCCUCCAACUCGGGACGACGUCGUUGAAGCCGUGCGCGAGGCUUGGGAGAAUUACAAGCCCGAGAUCGAAGUCCAGCAGUUCGGUCUGGAGAGGGAUGAGAUUCUCUCCUGUCUCAAAGAGGGUCUCCAAAGCCACGCUCCGCGAGAUGACAAGCCUGUCGGCGCCACUCGGGAAGAGGUGUUCCGUGCUGUGGUGGAAGGUCUUAAGCACUUCGUCCCGCCGCAAAUGGAGACACCCGCCACCCUCUCUCGUGACGAGAUCCUCGACGCCGUUAGAGAGUGUCUUGAGGAGUUCGAGUUUCCUGUCGCGCCCUCAGCUCUUGGAAAUGACUUGUCUCGCGAUGACAUGGUCCAGGCUGUCAAGGAAGGUCUUCACGGGUUCGAAUUUCCCAUGCCACCAACCUCCCAAGCCCUUACGAUACCCGGAGAGAGCAACGACUACAUCAUGACGAAGCUUAGCGAGAUUAUCGAGCUUAUGAGGCGCGAGUUUCGCGCCGUUUCCGACGAAGCCAAAGAGAACGUUGCUGCCAACGGGCGUGAUACGGAGCAGGUUCUCGACGCGACCAAGGACGGAUUUGAGAAGAUUCGUCAUGAUAUGGAGGUUUUCAUCAGCCGUGUUAGCGGCCUUUCGGGCAAGCCGGACGCGACGGAGCUUCUUCUCAAGAGGUUGGAGGUCCUAAGGGAUGAAGUCGCUCAUAUUUUAUCAGGCCAGAUUGAGGGUCUCCGCGAUGCUGUCAACAUGUCUCUUGUACCUUUCACAACGCAGCAGAAUCCGUCAAAGCAGUCCCUCGAUUCCAUCAAGGAUGGCAUCGACAGAAUCCGAUCAGAGCUUCAGCGACCCUUGCCUGGAACUUCGGAAGUUCUCGACGCCAUUCACGAGGGUCUAUCCGAACUUCACAUCCGCUUCGAGAAGCUCGCCAACAAACCACCCGACCUGACCGCCAACGAUGAGAUUCUAGACGCACUCAAGACCGGCCUUGAUGGCGUUCGAUCCAACAUCGAUGUCGUUCGAUCUGACAUCGACGGCAUCCGCGAUAGCCAGAACGACCGUGCCCUGGCUCAAAUCACCGACAAUGCUAUUGUACCAGCACCUGUCGACGUCCUCAAGCAUGAUGACAUCAAGAACCUAGAGGUCCUCGUGACGCAACUAGGCAGCAAGGUGGAGGCCAUGGACGCCGCGCCCCCUCCUGAGACGGCGUCAAGGGAAGACAUCCACCGGAUAGAAGAGAUGAUUAACCAAGUCAAGGAAGCCAUCGAGGGCCUGCACGGUGAAGAGAAAGAAAGUGACAGCAACACUGAGGCCGAGUCCGAGAAGCCCGAUACUAGCCUUAAAGAGGAUGUCGAGGCCAUCGAGACUAUACUGAGGAACACCAAGGCCCGUCUCGACGACAUGAUCGACGGUGAGACCGCCGUUCGCAAGGAGCAUAUUGACGGACUUGAGACCCUCAUCCUCGAGACCCGCGAGACUCUCAGCUCGAUCACCACUCAGAUGGAGAACACCUCACGCCGUGAAGAUGUCACAAUGCUUGAGUCGCUCAUUAGCCAUGUCGCUGCUUCUUACGACGAGAUGAAGGAGCGAGCAGACAAGGAGCUUGAGAACCCGGAGAGGGUUACUCGCACCGACAUCGAGGCCGUCGAAUCCGUUUGCAUGGACGUCAAGAAUCUCGUCACCGAAAUCUCCAGCAGCGGGCUCUCUGGACUGCCAUCGAAGGAGGAACUGACGACCCUUGUCACCGACCUCAAGGACCGCGUCGAUGCCCUGAGCGAAGCCCAAACUAAGGCUAUGGAGGAGCGUCAAGCCGAGAUGGUCGACGUCGGCGAGCGCGUGAAUGAGGUGAAGACUUUCCUCACCGAGUUCCAGGACAUGACCAAGUCGCGACUCGCAGACGGCGUUGUCGGUAUGCAGACCGUCGGCAAGUUGCUCGACAGGAUGGGCGAGACCAUCACUAACAACGCAACGGUCAGCGAAGACCUGCGGGAAAUGUUCGAGGCGAUGAAGAUUGAAUUCGAGGAGUCUCGCGCCGGCGUUGUUGGAGUCAAGCUCGAAGCCGACGAAAAGUUCCAGGCCACGACGGAGGCUUUGAGCUCCAAGAUUGAUGAGCGAGUCGACGAGCUCAUGGCCAAGUAUGACGAGUUCCAGGUCACCCUGGAGGAGCGGGCCAAGGCCGGCGAGGUGAGAGACGAGGAGACCGAGGCCGCUGUCAUCAGCACCAAGGCGGUUGCCGAAGAACUCAAGCUUCUCAUUGACACGCUCGGCUCGACCGUCACAGAAUCUCUAGAGAAGAUGGAAGAGGCGUCCAAGACCGUCUUCAACCGCGUUGAGGACCUCGUCACACGGGCGGACGAGAAGAAUAGUGAAGACAAGGCCGAGCACGAGCAGACGCGCGACCAGGUCAAACAGGCCAUCGCCGCCGUCGAAACCCUCCAGGGCCCCGUCCAAGAGAUGCAGCCCAAGAUUCUCGAGGCGAUCAACGAUAUUCUCACGCUUGUCGGCCAGCAUUACGACUAUGCCAAGACUGCCACGACGGACAUCCAGGACAAGAUUGAGGAGGCUAAGCCCGAGCCGCUCAUGCUGCCCGAGGUUGAGAAGUACGAUGAUGCCCCUGUCCAAGAGAAACUCGACAGGCUCAUCGAGGGCAAGUACGACGACACUUCUCUCCAGGAAAAGAUUGAUAAACUUCUGGAAAAGGAGUAUGACGACAGCGUUCUUCAAGAGAAGCUCGAUAAGCUCAUGGACAAGGAGUACGAUGAUGGCGCUCUCCAUGAGAAGAUUGACAAGCUCAUGGAUAAAGAGUACGACGACAGUACUGUCCAAGAGAAGCUCGACAAGCUCAUGGAGAAGGAAUACGACGAUAGUACCAUGCAGGAGAAGCUGGACAGGAUUAUUGCGGAUAGGUACGACGAUAUUCUCGUCCAAGAUAAGCUUGAUCAGCUUAUGGACAAGGAGUAUGAUGACAGUGCCCUCCACGAAAAGCUGGAUAGGCUCAUGGAGAAGGAGUACGACGAUACUACCGUUCAGGAAAAACUCGACAAACUCAUGGACAAGGAAUACGAUGAUACCGCUGUCCAGGAAAAGCUUGACAAGCUAAUGGACAAGGAAUUCGACGAUACUACCAUCCAAGAGAAGCUAGACCGGAUCAUUACGGAGAGGUACGACGACAUUUUUGUCCAAGAGAAGCUUGACAAGAUUGUCGACCACACGCAUGCCGCCGGCAAGGCUUAUGCCCAGCUUGACACGCUAGACAAGAUCCACGGCGAGGUCAUCAAGACGGCGGCGGGCAUCUCGGAGUUCCUUGCGGCUCAGACGCAGCGCAUUGCUGAUGAGCAUGAAGAUCGCUCCAAGACACUCCAAGAGACUACAGUUGCCCUCGAGCGCAAGACGACAGAGAAGCAGCAAGUCGAGGCUUCCCUUGCCGACUUGCGUGCCGAGGAGGAACGCCUCAGGCAAAGCGUGUUCGGACUCAAGGCUGAACAGGAGAUCCUCACCAGGCAGAAGACAAGGCUCACAGCCGAUGUGUCGUCUCUCGAGACGGCGCUUAGGCUGCGCAAGGAGGAGCUCAACGAGAUGGAGGAGCGCGCCGAGGGUCUCGAGCGCAGGAUCCUCGAAGGAGUCAUGAAUCACUCUCGGGUGCUUCUCAUGUCCAAGGCGAGCAAGGGCAGCGAUGCCAUGAGCCGCAAGCGCGUCAGGGUCAAGGGCGAUGAAGCGGCGGCAACGGGCGCCAAGGAGAAGUCUGACCGCCGCUCGGUGAAAUCAACCGUCAACAUUGCACUCUCCUCGAAGAGGAACCUCGUUCCCAAUCCGGCGGGCGCAUCAAGGCGCAUCGUUUCGCUGAGCCAGAUUACUCACAAUGUUCCCGCGGGAGGUUUCAAACGCAGCCAUAGUGUGAAGGCUCCUUCCGGCGUAGGACGCGCCGGUGCCUUGAGGAAGACCAGCUGGGGUGGCUCCCUCGCCAAGAAGAAGUACGGCGAUCUCGACAAGGAGAACGUCGUCGAGCCGGUCAAGGAGGGAGACGAAGAAGAUGAUGAUGACGACGGUGUCGCCCCCCACGGAGGUGAGCUCGUUGUGAGGAGGCGGAACAUCCCUCUGCCUACCGAAUCAGCUCUGUCGACGGGUAGCACCCUCAACGGCGGCGAUGAUUAUGAAGAGGAGGAGAUGGAGCACCUUGAUGAUGACGAUGAAGAAGAAGACGGCCAUGGUAGUGGCGCGGAUGAUGACGGGGAAGUGAGCGAUGCGGGGACGUUGAGGAGGAGUAGCCGCGGCACGACGAUAAUCUCAAGCGCCGUGGGCACGGGAGAUUACUCGGACGACGAGUCGUAUGAUAGCGACGACUACGAUUCGCGGAGCGAGUGGACGGAGAGUGCGGUGGGGUCGACGUUGUCGGAUAUGCCGGUUGCUGGGAAUGAGCUUGUGCUUAGGCAGCGGUGA